AUGCGGCGCAUCGUCGUCAUGGGUGACUCCCAGGCGUACAGGCUAAUGCGCUACAUGCUGUACGUGAUCAGCAGGCUAGGGGGCGUCAUCUGCACCAUGACGGCCGACGAGGCCCACUUGAGGGCCGCAUACUAUAAUGUAUCGUACACCGUUACCGGCCGGCUGUCGUGCAGCGGCUGCGACAGCUUCCGUGCCACAUGCAAAAGCGCAAUCAACAGCGUGGAAAUCGAAUAUCUGCGGCUUGCGUUCACGCUGGACUCCGAGCUGACCACAGCGCCGCGCAUGCACUUUGAUGGCAACUGCAGACACGGCCAGCUACCCCCCUGCAAGUGGUUUUGGAGCUCGCAGCAGUUCUUGUUUGAGGGCUACCUCAGGCAGCGGCAGCCGCCGCCGGAUCACAUCCACAUCUUUCAAAACAUGCACGACUGCUCGCGCCGCUCGCCGGCCGACCACCGCCGCGACCUGUCGUGGUUUGUCGACCUGCUCAAUGCGACGCUGCUGAACGGCACCAGCGUCCACUUUUGGGAGGCCCCGCACCCCAACGGCGCGAAGCAGCCCGAGGCGUGGCGGAACGUCACCUCGCCGGCGUGCAUGCGCAUGAUGAACGACGCCAUGCGGCAGGCCAUCGCGCCCUUUGUCGAGCGGACGGCCUUGGCGCCAAACGCGUCGGCGAGGUCGGGCCACGCCGCGUGGUACGGGGCGUUUGAUCUGUUCUCACCCACUGGGGCGCGGCUUGACCUGAAUGUCGACGGCGUGCACAUGCGGGGCGACUGGUACGAGGCCCUCGCACGCGCGGUGAUUGCGGGAACGUGCGGCCUCGGCUAG